AUGUCGAAGGGGGAACUGCAGUGCGGGGUGAACCUGGCAAGCGCUAUCCACAUCUUCCGCGGCUGGGAGCAUCGCAGAUCGGCGAGGGUUUUGGCAGCGCUCGGCCUUCUGCUCCUUGCGUUCGUUCUGAGGAGCAUCCGUCGCCGCGUCUUGCGGCUGGCCGGAGGUCAGGUGAACUCGAAGGGCCGCUCAACGUUGCUGACGGCGCUCCGUCUGUCAGGAAGGAGCUUGCAGCACGACCAGGUUGUGGAUGCGGUCCUCAAGCCUUUGGAGUCCAUUGUGAUUAGGGACGCCCCGACGUCGGUCGUGCAUGACCACGUCGUCUUCAGAGUGGGAGACGUCGUCAAACACUGCUGUGGUCAGACGGGCACUGUGAUGGGAAUCGACGAGGAUGGCGACCUGAGGGUCAUCAAGGCAGACAACACCCACGCCGUGUGGUUUGGCUGCAAGUGCACCAAGACCUUCAGCAUCGGAGACCGCGUUAGCUACGCCUGCGGUGAUGUCGCAGAGUUGGUAGGUUUCGAUGAAGACGGCGACUUGAUCGUCCGUCGCGCCAACGGCUCGGAGUCCGUCUGGUUUCGCGGCAGCAGCACUCGCCUGCUGAGCAUUGGCGACCGAGUACAUUACAGCUGUGGACAAGUGGCCACGGUGCAGGGCUUUGAUGAAGAAGGUGACGUUGAAGUCAUCAAGCCCGAUGGCGUCAAGGGCGUUUGGUACGCCCACAAGUGCAUCCAGGGCCUCGGUCCUCUGGACAAGGCGCUGCCCUCGGAGGGCCCGUGA